CGCGUCGUGUGUCAUUCUCGUGCCACGACGCCGACGACAUGAACACGAUCUUCACCCAGUGCGAGAGCCCCGAGGCCCAGCCCAUGUACACCUGCGAGGUGUGCAAGAUCAGCAUGCGCUCGGCCAAGAAGCUCGAAGACCACGUCAACCACUCGCCGCUGCAUAAGGCGGCGAUGCAGGAGUCGGAGCUCGCGUUCCAGCUCGAGCUCAACGGCAGGCGCGAUAUCCGCCCGAGCUCGCCGUGCCGCCAGCGCCUUAUUUACGAUGGCAAUAAGCUGUUUUGGCGCAUCAACGAGACGCUUGAGCUGCACAUGUACGAAGCCAUCAACGUCCGCACCAUCACCGUCUUGGCUCAAAAGGAUCACUCGCGCGAUAAAAUCAAGCCGCUCGUCCUCGACUUGGCGCUUUUGCACAAAUGCAUUGCGAGCUCCAGUACGGCAGCGGAAAGCAAGCAGCAACCGAAUGAGGACAUGAGCGCAGCCGCCAAGCGCGAGGCUACGAUCAAGUACAUUUUGACGCGGCUUCAAGCCACCAAGGACAGCGGUGAUGUCAUUUCACUCUACAUUCAAAAGCAAAACGGCGAUGUUUGCGACCCGACGACGACCGCCGACGCGGGGCGAACGUACACGAUCGAGCCCGAUUCCCAAGUGCCCCGGCGCCGUCACACGUACGACGAAGCCAAAGUCGUUCAGAAAGACCUUGAUCACCACACGGAAGCGCUCAAGUCAUCGCGCCGGGUCGCCGAGAAGCACAGUGACAGCAUUCGCUUGGCGCUCGACGCGUUCAUCGACCUCAGCACGUCCGUCAAGACGCGGCCGCAUGACGGCGGCAUGUCGUGGCUCGGGGCGUACAGCCGCGUGCGCCAGCGCAACACGGUUGAAGUCUUCAAAGAACGCAUGAAGCACGGCCACGACGGCCCGCGAUCGCCGUCGUCCAAGCCAACCGACCACAGCGAGUACAAAUCCUAAGCGCCAUCGUCCUUUCUAAACGCUUUAUAUACCUUGCAUUUUAUUCC